GAAUCCAUCCCGGAUCUCAAAGGCAACCUCGACCUAGGACAUCCCUCAGCUUUCUAUUGUGACCUUAGACUUUGUCACAAUGUCAGGGCUGAACUCUGACUGGCCCCACGAGGGGGAGAGCCUCAGCCUUCAGGAGCCAGGUCCUCCAGCCAACUCAGACAGUGACCCAGGCCACUUGCCAGAGGAGCACCCUGAGGAGACGUCUGCUCAGGAUCCUAAAGUUCUGAGCUUGGGGCUCCCUGGCCUGGACACCGGCGGGGCCUCCAACUGGCCUGGGCUUCGGAUCCUCCUGCAGCAGCUGCCUCCACAGGACAGUGAUGAGCGCUACUGCCUGGCCCUUGGGGAGGAUGAGCUGGCCGAGCUGCGGCUCUUCUGUGCCCAGCGGAGGCGGGAGGCCCUGGGACAGGGGGUGGCCUGCCUGGUACCUCCCAAGCUGGCAGAACACACCUGUGAGAAGUGCAGGGAGCCGCUGAGGCCAGGCGAGUACGGAGUGUGCGCAGCCCCGGCCGGAGAGCGGCGCGGCUGGCACCCGGCGUGCUUUGCCUGCCAGGCCUGCGGCCAGGCCCUGCUACACCUCAUCUACUUCUCCCACGAUGGGCGUCUCUACUGCGGCCGUCAUCAUGCGGAGCUGCUGCGGCCGCGCUGCCCGGCUUGCGACCAGCUGAUCUUCUCCCGGCGCUGCACCGAGGCGGAGGGACGGCGCUGGCACGAGAACCACUUCUGCUGCCAGGACUGCGCCGGACCCUUGGGCGGGGGACGUUAUGCCUUGCCGGGGGGCCGCCCCUGCUGCCCCCGCUGCUUUAAGAGUCGCUACUCGAAUGCCGGCUCGAGCCAGGCCCCAACACUGGAAGGGAGGGCGCCGCUUGGGGAGGCGAGACUCGAGAGAGUUGCAGAGGGAGACUGCUCCCCGCUGGACGCCGCUACCAUCUCCCGGGCAGCCCUUUUCGCCGCUGCCUCCCGCUCCAGUCCGGAAACCCAGAGGGGGCGGCUUCGAUCCAGUCCGGAGCAGGAGGGUCCAGCUGGGGACGAGGCGGAGGCACCCACCAAAGGGCGGGAGCGGGGCCGCCUGGAGACGCCCCUCGAUGCCAAGGAGGACGCCCCCUGCCCCACCUGCUCCUCUUCUUCUGACUCGGAACCCGAAGGCUUUUUCUUAGGUCAGCGCCUUCCCGGUCCCUGGAAGACCCCCGGAAGCCUCCAGGCUAGGCACAGCGACACCUCCAGGAAGCACUGCACCAUUUGCUAGU